AUGCCUUUAUAUCUAAGAAAACAAUUAAAAAAUCACUUUGUUUUGGAUUUUGUCCUAUUUGGAGAUAAAUUUGAUGAUAUCAUAAAAUCAAUUGUAGAUGAAAUUAAUAUUUUAGAACAAGUUGCCAGUUUAGGUGUAAUAACUGCUGACCUUCCACAGGAUAAUAAUCUUGCAGAUAUGAAGCAGCAUAGUGGUAUUCUAGAAUAUAGGAGUUGUCUGGUACCUAAGGAACAAUUAAGUAAUCUUAGGAAGGCAUUACAAGAAAUUAUCAAUAAUUAUUGUACAAACUGGGAAGGUUAA